AUGAGCAGAAAUCAGUAUAAGCAAAAUAAACAAAGUACAUAUAACAUCGAUCGGUGUCCUAUAGCAAAGAAGAAAUUUCGACGUGAAGAAUUACCAGUCGAUAGAGUUCAUUUACAGCUGGCACAUGUAAUAAGAGAAAAUGGCAUAUCAGUCAUUGUUGGUGAAACUGGAAGUGGUAAAAGCACUCAGAUUCCUCAGAUUUGUUAUGAUGAAGGUUUGAUCGGUAAUGGUCUCGUAGCUGUUACACAACCACGACGUGUUGCUGCAAUUACUCUUGCGAGACGUGUCGCUUUGGAAAUGAAUACAAACCUUGGUGAAGUGGUUGCUUAUAAGGUGAGGUUCGAAAAUACCACAAGUAAUGAAACAAAGAUUGUUUACGGCACUGAUGGUAUUUUUUUACGCGAGACAUUUUAUGAUUCAUUACUCACACAUUAUUCUAUUGUGAUUGUCGAUGAAGCUCAUGAACGUUCUGUUGUCAUCAUGUCUGCUACAUUGGAAACUAACAUUUUUUCGGAAUAUUUUGAUGAUGCACCAGUAUAUAUAGUACAAGGAAGAACCUAUCCAGUUGAGAUUUUUUAUGCUAAUUCAUUGGAUAAAAAAGACGAUGAUUAUGUGUUCAAUGUUCUGACAACGGUUUUACAAAUUCAUCGUACUGAACCACUGAGCUCUGAUGUGCUAGCAUUCUUAACUGGACAGGAAGAAAUUGAAACAGCUUGCAAGAAAGUGCAGGAAGCUUCUAAACUUUUGACUGGUGGCUUGAUAGCUCUUCCACUCUAUGCCGGUCUUCCGCCAUCAGCACAGAUGCGAGUUUUUGAACCAGUUACUAUACCGUACACGCGAAAAAUUGUUUUUGCGACGAAUGUAGCGGAAACAUCUAUUACCAUACCCGGCGUGCGGAUUAUUGUUGAUAGUGGAAAAAUGAAAGUGAAAACCUUUCUUCCGGAUCGUCAUAUUGACAUCCUCCGUGUGGAAAAUAUUUCACAGUGUUCAGCAACCCAGCGAGCUGGUCGUGCUGGACGUGAAGCACCUGGAAAAUGCUAUCGGCUGUAUUCAGAAAAGCAUUUUCAUUCACUCCCCAAAAUGACAAUUCCGGAAAUUUUACGGUCUAAUUUGGCAGUGGUACUGUUGGAGCUGUUGCGUAUUGGUUUACGACGAAUAAAAUCUUUGGCUUUGAUUUCAAAUCCAAAAAAAGAAAGGUUAGAAGCUGCUGAAAAACAUCUCCGUUUACUGGAUGCGGUGAAUCGACCUGACAAAAAAGGUAGAUUACGACUUACUGAAGUGGGCACGAGGUUGUCAUCAUUUCCUGUUGAUCCAGCUUUCGCACGUGCUCUGCUAGCAGCUUCACAGAAUGAGUGUUUAGAAGAAGUUCUAACAAUCGUCGCAUUUAUGUCCACUGAUUCCAUUUUCGUCAGUUCAGCAAUGAAUCGUGAACAAACAAACUUAUCGAAGCGUAAAUUUGAGGCACCCGAAGGUGAUCAUUGCACCCUGCUUAACGUUUAUCGAGGGUAUCGUUUAGCUCGAAAAGAGAAGAAGUUAGAGGAAUGGUGCGAAGCAAAUCAUGUCCAUCAGCGAUUACUUAAUACUGUUUUCAAAAUUCGAAGACAGCUGCGCGACAUUUGCUCAAAAAACUCACUGAUUUUUCGUUCAUGCGGUACUGAUACUGAGAAACUUAGAAAAACGCUUUGUCAAGGCCUUUUCAUGAAUGCUUGUGCUUAUGAGAGAUCACGCGACCGUUACAGUUUAUUGAUAUCACCUGAAAUAUCACUAAAAAUUCAUCCUUCCUCUUGUUUAUCUCGGUCGCGGCCAACAGCCUUUAUUUUUACAGAUCUUGUUCGAACAAAUGAAUUGUACGCUCGUGAUAUCACAGUAAUUGAUCUCGAAUGGGCUAAAGAGCUGCUUGAUUCAAAAAAGACGGUUCUCAACAUGUUUCGCAAUGAAAGAUUACAUUCGCGUACUCAAUUCGAUGCAGAAAUAUUCUUGUCUUUGUUUGAGCAAUAUCUCAGUGAAUCCAAUACUAUCGACUGGACCAGAAUAAAGCCAUUAAGUUUGAAAUUUCAAAAAGAUUAUGAAUCCUUACCGCACUGUUCUGGAGAGGAAGAACGAGACGAGAUUUUGAAACAUCUAUCAGUUGUGAAGCUAAAUGGAGGCUUGGGAACAACAAUGGGAUGUGAUGGUCCUAAGUCACUAAUCGAAUUGCGCAAAGGGCUCACAUUUCUUGAUUUUGCCAUUGGUCAUAUACAGCACUUUAAUGAGCAGAACAAUAGUUCGGUGCCGUUAGUCUUAAUGGAUAGUUUCAAUACUGAAAAAGCAAUCAACGAAUAUUUGGCUAAUUGCAAGAUAAAUGUAAGAACAUUCCUGCAGAGUAAAUGUCCGAGGAUCUUUGCGAAAACCUCAGUGCCUGUUCCCUUAAAGAAUGGAGGUGAAAAUAUUGAAGGAUGGUAUCCACCGGGUCAUGGGAAUAUCUUCAAAUCGAUGCAUUUUACGGGUGUUUUGGAUGAGUUGCUUGCUCAGGGUCGCGAUAUAUGCUUCAUCUCAAAUAUUGAUAAUACUGGUGCAACAAUUGAUUUGCGAAUUGCUAAAUUAAUGGUAGAAAGCGAUUUGGAAUUCGUAAUGGAAUGCACAGAAAAAACGGAAGUCGAUAGAAAAGGAGGUACUUUGAUUGAGAUAAAUGGAUGUAUCAUGCAUUUAGAAAUGCCACAAGUGCCCAAUGAUCAUAUCGAUGAUUUUUGCUCAACGGACAUUUUCAAAAUUUUUAAUACCAACAAUAUUUGGGUCAAUCUGCGAGCUGUAAAAAAGAAGCUCGUUGAAAUGAAGAUGGAAAUUAUUGUUAACAAAAAGGUUCUCAGUAACGGUGAGUUUGUCAAUCAGCUGGAAACAUCAGUGGGUGGUGCCAUUCGAAAUUUCGACAAUGUGCUCAGUAUUCAAGUGCCCCGCUCUCGCUUUCUUCCUGUUAAGAAUACUCAGGACCUACUUACUAUUAUGAGUGAUUUAUACGAAAUCACGGAAAACUUCUCGCUGCAAUUUGUCAGAAAGGACAAAGUACCACCAGUCAUCGAGCUGUCGAGACAUUUCAGUAAGAUCUCCGAAUUUCGAAAACGUUUUCGUGAGAUUCCACGAUUACAAGAAUUAAAACGACUAAAGGUUGAGGGCGAUAUAUAUUUCGGGAAACAGGUGGAGCUGAAAGGCAAUGUAGAAAUCAUUGCUGAUCAUGGACAACAACUGGAAAUAGCGGAAAAUGAAUGUUUGGAAAAUAUUAAGUUAAUGCAGACAGCACAUUCCAAGUUGCAAAGAAUACCAUUGUAG